GCAGGUGUUAGCGGCCUGCCGAGUCUGAUAAGAAGCGCUCGUCUUUGCGUGCGCCACGUUGUCAGAGCAGAGAGAACCCUCAGCGACCAUGUCGGGACUCAACGCCUCUCUGGGCUACUUCCUGGCCUGCGUGGUUUUGGCGGCCUCCACGCGGACGCUGCUGAAAAAGUGGCCUCGGCUCGCCUUCCUGUCCGAGUUGUCUUCGUCGUUCAUGCUGGUGGCGUGCAGGCUGGAGGUCCAAACCAUCGUGGAGGUGGGCGAGUGGGCCGGGGGCUUGGGCCCGGACGUCACGCUGACCGUGUUGUCGGCGGUGCUGCUGGUCCACGGCGCGGUCUGCGGAGAUCAUUCGGGGAACCCCAGCGUGAGCGUGCUGAGGUUCCUCCAGCUGGACGCCGCUCCGGCCGCCACCGUCCUGGCCGUCGCAUCCCACUUCCUGGGGGCCCACCUGGCCAAGUUGGCGGCCGAGUACUACUGGAGUCUGGAGCUGACCGACAUGCACAUGAUCAAGAACCUGAUGGCCAGGGAGUGCAGCACCUCGCUGCUGGUCUCGCCGACGCAUGGCUUCUUCACCGAGGGGGUGUGCGCGCUCCUCUUUCACCUGGCGCACCUCUUGCUGAGACGGAGGGCCGCGCUCAUCCGGGUGCUGUUCGGAGCCGCGCUGCUCACCUUCCUGUCACACACAGCCAAAGGUUACACGUCAGGUUACGUCAAUCCUUCGCUAGCUUACGGGCUCACUUUUCAAUGUCCUGGAUUCACUUUCACCGAAUACGCUCUUGUCUACUGGCUGGCCCCAAUCACAGGAAUGAUCUUGGCCCUCCUCCUGUACAUGGGCCACAUCCCAAGGAUCUUUGCCAAGAACCUGCUCUAUUUUCACAAGACGCGUUUCCGUGUGCCCAAAGGAGGAGAAAAAGAAAAGAAGAAAUGAACGACAUUUGUCAUUUUAUUUUAUAGCAAUACACCCUUCAAAGGCCACGACAUCAAGAACAAAAAAGUUAGCAAAAUGUCAAUACAAAACAUUUGCUGGUUGUUUUCAAUAAAAUAAAUAAAACAA